AUGACAGUUUGUGUUUUAUUCCAGAAUCCUCAGCAGCGGCAGUACCCAUCGAUGAUGCCCCCUCGGCACGGCGGCGUUGAGGAGUACCCUCCGCGCGGUAUGUACCGACCGUCCCCUGCCCAGAUGGUACCUGGCAGUACUGGGUCCACGGGUGGCAGCCGUGUGCGUCCGAUGGGUGGCAAUCUUCAGUCUUCCUUAGGAGGUAACCCUGCUGCGUCCAGGCGUCACCUCCAACAGCAGGGACUUGGAGCCAGACGCACCUAG